AUGGAAAUCUUGGUUCAGUUGGCUCAGAUAUCUACAGAAGAAGAAAUCAAUGCAAUAACUAACAAGAAAUCUGUUGUCCCAACCAUCGAGAGACAGAACCAAAGGAAAAAAAAAAGAGGCGAAGAAGGGAGCUUAGGGUUUUUGUCCACUGCACAGGGAGAAAAUGAAAAGGGAAAAUUUCAAGGAGGAGGAGAAAGAAUGGAAUUCCUGAACAGAAAUUACACAGAUUUCAAGAAUAUGGAAGCCAGAUGCACCACUCGGAUUUCCUACGAAUUGGCAACUAUUGCAGUGUACACGCUGGGAUUCUUCUUCCUUGUGUUCUUAUGCAACUUCUUGCACAUUUUCUUGCGCCCUAUGUCUCAACCCAGAAUAAUUCCCGAAUCCAUCGUAGGCCGGUUUCUAAGCAAUAUGCCAUUUAUACGUAAACAAACAAAUGGUGAUGAGAUACAGAAAACCCUAACAUAUAUAGUAGAAGGUGGGAUGAUUUGCCAUAUGUUUGUAGUAGGCCUAGAAAUAGAUCCACACAUUUUCCUUCAGAUACCUCUACGGGAGGCGAAAGUGGCGUGUUCAGGAGUUCUUACCACGAUUGUUAUAGGUUUUUUACUAAUUCCAUUCUUGAAUGUCCCUGAAACUCAAAAUGUUACAUUAAAUAUCUGUCUUUCUGUUAUCCUCUCUGGGACAGCUUCUCCAUUGCUAGCUCGCCUAAUAACUGAUCUCAAGAUUGGGAAGUCGGAUAUUGGGCGUUUUGUUGUAUCUGCUGGAGUACACUGUGACCCCUCUAACAAUUUCUAUUAUAGGUACUUGAAGAGCAUUCUAAGAAUGACUUCACUUAUUGUGAUUGAAACAGUCUUAGUAGCCAAGGUGACUCCCCUGCUAAUGAAUUGGGUGAAUCGCGAAAAUCCUGAUGGGAAAUCCAUGAAAGGUUCACAUCUAGUUGUUUCAGUGGCAUUUGUUGUUAUGAUGAAGCUUACAAGUAUCUCCACGAGCAUUUACAUGGUAUUUGUAACCUUGGUUACCAUUGUCUACUUGCUAUUUGUUGUCACAAACAUCAUUGACCGUGCCAGAAAGCACUCACCUACACAAAGAAUGGCACUUUAA